AUGCCCUCUCAACGGUCGUCCCGGCAUACUUCCUUCACAAUUGACUCAGCCGGAGACUUUAUCAAGUCAGCAUCAGCAUCCACCAAGGCUGCAGAGACCUCGGCUUCUUCAGUCAGCGGUCAUACAGCAGUCAUUGCGCCACCAACGUCCAGUUCGCGGCCGCCACUGUCGGUGCUCCUUGCUUACACUGCUCUAUGCAUCUCCAUCUUUCUGGUGGCUUUGGACACCGUCCUGAUUCCGACUGCUCUACCCACAAUAUCUGAGUCGUUCCAUAUUCCUGACUCACUGUACGCAUGGACUGGUUCCGCUUACCUCCUCGCUAAUGCCUCUUCGAUACCUUGCUGGGGGACGUUGGCUGACGUAUUCGGCCGCAAGCCAGUACUCCUUGUGGCAAAUUCCGUUUUUCUCAUCGGAAGUAUCAUUUGUGCUGUCAGUAUCGACGCACCGAUGUUGGUGGCGGGAAGGGCUGUGCAAGGUCUUGGUGGGGGAGGAGUGAACUGCUUAGUCUAUGUUUGCGUCAGUGACCUGUUCACGAUUCGAAAUCGCUCCUUCUACUUGGGGAUUGUGGGCGCUGUUUGGGCCGUCGCUUCAGCUCUGGGUCCCGUUCUCGGUGGCGUCUUCGCAGAGAAUCUCAGCUGGCGAUGGUGCUUCUACAUCAACCUCCCCAUCGUAUCCUUCGCGAUCGUCCUUCUCUACUUCACUUUGCAUGUACACAACCCGCGCACUCCGUUCCUUGCCGGAAUGUACUCGAUCGACUGGCUCGGCACCUUCACCAUCCUCGCCGCUACCAUCCUACUUUUAGUCGGUCUACAAACUGGCAGCACAACGUCCUACAGCUCGCCCAUGGUCAUCUCUUUCCUCGUUCUUGGCUCGCUAGCUUACAUCAUAUUCCCAUUCACGCAAUGGUGGGAAGAUGUGCACGGCGGGUCACCUAUAAUGCCACUGCGCAUCUUCAGCGACCGCUCAAAUCUCAGCGCCCUGGGUGUCUGCGCCUUUGACGCUCUCGUCUUCAACUCAGUUGCAUACUUUGUGCCGCUGUACUUCCAGAUCGUGGCCGACCGCAGCCCAUCCAGCACCGGAGUCCUCAUGCUCGCUCUCGCCAUCCCUCUCACCGUCGUAUCACUCACGUCCGGCUUCGUCAUCGAGAAAACCGGCCGCUUCAUGGACUGGCUACAGGGCGGUCUUGUACUCACCACCGCCGGCGUCGGUGCCCUGGUCUCUCUACCACCCUCCUUCGACGCAGCGAAGGCAAUCGGGUUCCUCAUCCUGAUAGGAGCAGGCUUUGGUCCCACCUUCCACACCCCGCUCAUCGCACUGCAGACACGCAUCAGCGCGAAAGAUACAGCAGUUGGCACUGCGACCUUCGGGUUCGUCCGCAUGCUCUCCGGUGCCAUCGGCGUCGUCCUUGGCCAGGUCAUCUUCCAGGCGCUUAUGCGCAGCUCUCUCGACACCAUCGUCGAUGCAGGUGUGCCGAGGUCCUUUGCGGAACAGCUCUCGCGCGGCGAGGCGGUGAGCCAGGCGCGCGCUGUGGCAGCGCUGGAAGAGACACAGAGAAGUGCUGUCCGAAGCGCAUUCAUGAGCGCCUUGCGGGGUGCGUUUAUCUGCUACGCAGUGGUAGCGGCGCUGGGGCUACUGACGACGUUCGGCAUCAAGAGAGUCACGCUCAAGCGCGAAGAAGCGCAGUCUGAGCAGCCUGAGCAGCCUGAGCAGCCGCCUCGCGAGGGCGAUGUGGAGUCUGGGAGACCCAAUGGCGCGGAGAAGUAG